AUGAGUAUCCGGUUACAUAUUUGCACUAAAAUGGAAUCAGAACAACUCCUGGUUUACUCUUGGCUUCAAGCGACAUCACGACAUCAGCGAGCAUACACGCCGCACGACGAUCCUGGUUCUGGUCACAAACCAGUCAUUGCUAGUGGCAAGCGACAUCAGUGA